CCGAAGGGCGUGGCGGCCGGGACCUCGACCGGCUUCCUGAUUGGCUGGGACGAGGUUGAGUCGUCGCGUCGUCGCGUCGUCGCGUCGACCGGCGGCCCGGCUCGAGCAACCAAGCAGAGGAGGACCCUGGCAACGUGGAAUCCACAACGCAUCCUGACGACCGGCGGAGGCGAAGAGUGCGGCGGACCGAGACGUGCGGACACAAUCGGGGCCAGGCGAGUGUGCACAAAUGACCAUUCGUCGGUCACAUGCAGCCGCAACCGACUCAUUCGCCGCCUGGCCGGCCCGACUGCCCGACUGCCCGACUGCCCGACUGCUCGGCCCGACGGCACAGACGAGCCGCUGGCAGGACACACCUCGCAGACUCGCUCUUCUGCCUGGCCUCGACUAGCACACGCAACUACACAACACACACACACACACACACACACACACAGGCAUACAAAAGGACUGACUUCUUCAAGGAAAAUAGGCCGAGGAGAGUGUGAUUUGCCGAGUGUGCAUCACCGGACAGUUCAGGCAAUCAGUCUUGCGUGA